AUAAGCCUGGAUAAGUUUGUUUCACGACUUUUAGCGACUUGUUUCUGGUUGAAGGGCGUUUUAUUAUUCACCGCUUUUCCUUUUUUCUUUCUCGUAGCACUUCGUAGAAUAAAAUGACCCAUGCAAGGUGUAGAAAUCCCCCGCAGGUACGGACGGAGUUGAGGAGACUGUGAUCCCUGGAGCAGCAGGAUUGGGAUUGUGGAGAAACUUCGCUUAUAGGUGCGCAAAACUUGUAGGAUAUCUUUUGAGCGAGGGGAUUUCUUUGCAGAGGUUGAAUUCUGAACCCUUUCCACGGAGACGCUGCGGGUUUUCGGGGAGCGGAGGAGACUGAAAAAAUAAUCUUCUGGAUAAUUCCCCCCCACAACAAGGAAACACCUAAUGUUGCACUCCGUGACUCUGUUGCUGCUCUUCAGUGAUCUAUCAUUACGCUGGGAUUCAAUCUCCAACUUACCGCCGGAGUUGUGUGCGUAAAGGACGCGCAAAGGAGCGAAAGCAAGAGAGGGGGGCGAUUUCGCCAACCUUUCCUGGGGCUCUAAAUCUGUGGAAGCAGGUGUAUUUCAGGUGUAUUUCUGCGAGUCAAGAUGUCUGUGCUGCCUUCGAGGUUCAUAUACCUGUGUUUACAUUUUCUGGUACUCUAUUUCCAGCUACAGGAAUCCCAGCAGACCUCUGCUGAUUUCAGGUUUUACAUUGAGAACCACACGAGGAACCCAGACGACCUGAGCCGGAAGCAGGUCCGGAUCUACCAGCUCUACAGCAGGACCACGGGGAAACAUGUCCAGAUCUUGGGGAAGAAAGUCAAUGCCAACGGAGAUGAUGGGGGCAAGUAUGCUCUUCUUGUUGUCGAGACGGAAACGUUCGGGAGCCACAUUCGAAUAAAAGGAAAGGAGAGCGAACAUUACAUUUGCAUGACCGAGAAGGGCAAAAUAGUUGGAAGGCCCGAUGGAAGGAAGCAGGAGUGUGUCUUUGUUGAGGAAUUCCUGGAGAACAACUACACAGCUCUUGUGUCGGCCAAGUACAAAGGAUGGUACCUGGGCUUCAACAGGAAGGGCCGGCCUAAGAAAGGCUCGCGGACCACACAGCGGCAACAGGAAGUCCACUUCAUGAAGCGCCAGCCGAAGGGCCGGCCGGACCCGCUGGAGGAGUUUCGUUUCACCACAGUAACUAAGCGGACACGAAGGGCUCGGCGAUUAAAACCCAACCCCAAGAGGAACUGA